AUGCCGUUCGUCCAAGUGACCCAGAUUCAAUUCAAGGAGCUCGUCAUCGACGAGGAGGUCAAGUCUAUCUGCGACGGCGCUCUCGCGCUGAAGGCCAGCUGUCUUCACCCGACUACGGGACAGCCUCUCAUCAAGUCGAUCACAGGGGGCAUUGACCAUAGCACCGAGGGUCGUCAGGGCGGCAUGACGCACGUUUUUGUGACCGAGUUUGAGACGGAAGAUGAUCGGAGAAUAUACGUCAAUGAAGAUCAGCAGCAUCGCAAGUUUUGCGAGGAACUGUCGGACAUGACGGCCAAGAUAUCGAUAGUAGAUUUUGCGCCUGGCGUUUUCUGA